AUGACCUGCGGAUCAACAGUUCACUCAGGAAGCUUGUUGUCGUACUGUGGAUGGAUCCCACUCCGUGGACACAGAGACGUUACUACUAUUACAGACUAUAAAUCGUGUUUGGACAUUCCCAACAGUCUUAAAAUGUUGCAUCGGAUGAAUCCUGAUUUUUUGGACGCCGAGCCUGAAAGUUCAAGAAAAACAUGCCUAGAGUCAUGCAUCGUACGUCCGAGAAUAUUACGAAAAGGAGAUAGCAACGAUUAUAUUAUGAGCCCACAUUGCAACGAUUGCCCUACGUACGAAGAAGCAUACAGGAAGUCACUGGAGUCGCCGGAAGAAUUUUGGGGCGAGAUUGCCGGCUGUCUCGACUGGAACAAACCAUGGCACAAGGUGUUGGAUAAUUCCAACGAGCCAUUCACGAAAUGGUUUGUCGGCGGUGAACUGAAUGCUUGUUACAACGCGGUAGAUCGCCAUGUGCAUGCCGGAUAUGGGGAAAAAACAGCCCUUAUUCACGAUAGCCCCCAAACGUCGUCAAUACGCAAAGUGACGUACAACGAGCUCUUGGAAAAGACGUCCGUGUUGGCGGGCGCGUUGGCGGAUCUAGACGUCCGCAAAGGGGACAGGGUGAUUAUAUACAUGCCGCUAAUCCCCGAGACUAUAAUCGCAAUUCUCGCUACUGCCAGACUAGGGGCAAUUCAUUCGGUGGUCUUUGGAGGUUUUGCAGCAAAUGAAUUGGCGUCUAGAAUAGAUCAUGCCAAGCCAAAAGUGAUUAUCGCUGCGAGUUGCGGUCUCGAACCAUCCAAAGUAAUUAAGUAUACGACUAUGCUAAACGGCGCCUUGGAUAUGAUCGUUGUACCGAAGCCAAAGUGCAUCGUAUUUCAGAGAAGAAAUGUAUGGGAGGCACCGUUAUUCGAGUCACAGUUCGACUGGGAUGAUAUCAUGAAGCGAUCAAAACCUCAUCCAUGCGUAAUGGUCGAAGCUAACGAUCCACUGUAUAUACUGUACACAUCGGGGACUACAGGGCAACCAAAGGGGAUUUUAAGGCCAAUCGGCGGUCAUUUGGUGUCACUCUGCUGGUCCAUACAAACGAUUUAUGGAAUAAACAAAAAUUCUAUUUGGUGGGUAGCCUCCGAUAUGGGAUGGGUUGUCGGGCAUUCCUACAUUUGUUAUGGCCCUCUCGUUAAGGGCGCGACGAGCGUCAUGUACGAAGGAAAACCUGACAGAACACCGGAUGCUGGUCAAUAUUUCAGACUUAUUGAGCAACAUAGCAUAAAUGGAAUAUUCUGCGUGCCUACUGCUCUACGAGUUAUAAAACGUGCGGAUCCGGAAACGCUUUUGGGAAAAAAAUAUUCAUUAAAAUCCUUAAAAACAAUAUUCGUGGCCGGCGAGUUUUGUGAUUACGAAACGAAAGCCUGGGCAGAGAAAACGUUCAAAGUACCCAUUUUGAAUCAUUGGUGGCAAUCGGAGACCGGACAUCCCGUCACAGCGCUGUGCUUAGGAUAUGGUCAUUACGCUAAUUUACCCAAAUUCAGUACGGGACUUCCUAUACCCGGAUAUGAAAUACAUGUCUUGCGCGAAGACGGGAGUAAAGCGCCACAACACGAACUCGGACGUAUCGCGAUAAAGUUACCGUUGCCACCUGGAUUCAUGUUGACCCUUUAUCAGGCAUCCGAGAAGUUCAAGCAAGUAUACUUUUCGACAUUUCCGGGUUACUACGACACGAUGGACGCGGGAUACAUCGACGAGUUCGGCUAUGUUUAUGUCACAGCGAGAGACGAUGAUAUUAUAAAUGUAGCUGGCCACAGAAUAUCCACGUCUGCGUUAGAAGAUAUUAUUUUAGCUCAUACCGACGUGGUGGAUGCCGCAGUUGUCGGUGUACCCGAUCAUACGAAAGGGGAAGUACCGCUGUGCCUUUACGUUAGACGAGAAGAUGCGAUAAGCAACGAGGAAGAGAUAAAUCAAGAGCUAGUCACGCGGGUGAGGAAGAUGUUGGGACCGAUCGCGUCUUUUCGCACCGCCGCCGCCAUUACCGCGCUACCCAGAACGCGAUCGGGAAAAAUAAUCCGGAAAGCGAUCGCUACGUUGGCACGAUCGAAGCAAGUCAAGCUUCCGAGCACGAUCGAGGAUCCAACAGUAUUCCGCGAGAUCAAGGAGGUGCUCCAGAAGCUUGGCUACGCGAAACUAGCCCCGGAUCCGCAAUGACCGCCUUUUAAGUCAAUGAUUUCUUCGCGCGCGCAAUACGAGAGAAAAUGG